CAUACACAAAUUUGUCUGUUGUACUCUCAAAACAAAACCAAAGAUGGAAAGGACGAGUUGCUGCUCGAGAACCUGCUCAAGAACAAGUUCAUCUGACUUGAAGAAGGAACCAGCUGCUACUCCGAAGAAAGUAGAGAAUGUGAAGCCACAAGCUGUCCAUAAGAUGGAAGCUUCCCCAAUUGUCCAUGGCACAGGCCUGCAGAAUGCUCCAAAGACUGAAGAGAAAGAAACCGUGACUCUUAAGAAAGAAACUGUUAAGGUUUAUGUUGGGGGCGGUAGAGGUAGUAUUGAGAGGUGAAACCAGGACUAUGAGUGGGUUUUGAGGGGAACAGGAUGUUUGCUAAUGCUUCUAGUUACUUAUGUUGUGUCUGUUUAUUUCGUCACGUUGUUGCCUUGCUUGCAACUAGAGAUGUGUCAUAAGUCAAGAGUUUCUUUUAUUACAUGUCUGAUUAAGGUUUUGUUUAAGUUGACAACAAGAGUAUGUAAACAUCUCCCUCAAAUAAUCUUUUGAAUCGUAU